GGCUCCGAGGGCACACUUGGGUGGGUUGGGAGCGGAGGGCAGCCGACCGACCUCACGGUACACUCCCAACACUUCAGCUCCUGUGGGAGGUGGGCGAUCUCCUGAAUGACAGCUUUCCUCCAUCCCCCUCCCUGCGCCCGGAGUCUCGCAACUUAGUUUCUGCAAGACCAUAAACUGAAUCCCUGGAACACUUGAUAUUUUGCUGUGUAUAGUGCCUGUUGGUGGACUGUAUUGAUAUUCAACUAUUGUCUGAAAGGAACUGAAUUCCCUGCUGGUGAUACACAGUGUAAACUGUAGUCGCCUUGGACAAGAUGACAGCCAUCUCCCCAGAGCCUCAAACUCUGGCCUCAGAUGAACAAAACAAUGUCCUAAGAAUGGAUACUUCUGAGAAUCCAGACGCUAUUGCAAGAGGAAACAUGACUGACCCGGAGUAUUUCAGACAGAAAUUCAGGUGGUUUUGUUACUCAAAAGAGGCUGGACCUAGAAAAGCCCUGAGUCAACUCCGGGAGCUCUGCACUCAGUGGCUGAGCCCAGACAUCCAUACGAAAGAACAGAUUUUAGAGCUUUUGGUGUUUGAGCAAUUCCUGACCAUUUUGCCUGGGGAGGUCAGGAUUUGGGUAAAGUCACAACAUCCUGAGAAUAGUGAGGAAGUGGUGAACUUAAUAGAGGAUUUGACCCAAAUGCUUGAAGAAAAGGAAGAUCCAGUCUCUCAAGAUUCUGUAAUUUCCCAAGAGGAGAAUCCUGAAGAAGAUAAAAUGGUUUCUGUCCUUCCAAAUACAGAGUCCUGGGGACCAGUGACAUUCAAGGAUGUGGCUGUGAACUUUUCCAGAGGAGAGUGGAAGAAGCUGGAGCCUUUUCAAAAGCAACUUUAUAAGGAAGUGCUACUGGAGAACUUUAGGAACUUGGAAUUUCUGGGCUUUCCAGUUUCCAAAUUAGAUUUGAUUUCUCAGCUAAAGUGGAUUGAACUGCCAUGGCUGCUGGAAAAAGAAGUCUCAAAAGGCUCCAAACCAGAGUGUAACUCUAGAGGUGGAUUGAAGGGAUCUGUUCGAAAUCAAGAUGUUCUUAUGGAAGAAUCAACUUUGGAUAAAAUAAUAGAAAGAUGCCUAACUGGUGGUGGUCAUGGCUCGAUGGGAGAAUCCCGGAAACGUCACAGCAGACUAGAGGAGGGUCAUGGCAAUAAGGGACAUUCACAAGUGGCAGGCACACAAAAGAAAACUCACGGGAGAGGCAAUAAGGGUGAGGAAUUUGACCCAGAAAAAGGCCCCUUUGGAAAUAAUUUCAAAGAAACUUCAGAUAUAAUUAAACAUCUGAGAGUCUAUUUAAGGAAGAAAUCUCGGAGGUAUAAUGAAUGCAAGAAACCCUUUAGUUUUCAUUCAGACCUUAUUCAAAACCGCAAAGAACACACUGGAGAAAAGCCACGGAAAUGUAAUGAAGGCAGGAAAACCUUAAGUCACUCUUCAUCACUUACCGAACAUCAGAAACAUCAGAAAAUUCAUUUGGGGAAUAAGUCCCAGAAGUGCAAUAACUGUGGGAUAACCUUUACUCAAAGUGCAUCCUUUGCUCAGAGGAAAAACUCUCUCUGUGAGAAAUGUCAGAAAAAUGAAUGUCAAGAUGCGACCUUGAGUAAAGAGGGAACAGAGACUGGAGAAAAAACCCAUAAAUGUAGCAAAUGUGGAAAAGCCUUUAGCUAUAGUGCCUCACUGACCAAACAUCGGAGAAUUCACACUGGGGAAAAACCCUACAUGUGCAAUGAAUGUGGAAAAGCUUUCAGUGACAGUUCAUCACUCACACCCCAUCACAGAACUCACAGUGGAGAGAAACCCUUCAAAUGUGAUGAUUGUGGAAAAGCUUUCACCUUAACUGCCCACCUCAUUAAACACCAGAGAGUUCAUACUGGAGAGAAACCCUAUAAGUGUAAAGAAUGUGGGAGACCCUUUAGUGACAGUUCAUCUCUUAUUCAACACCAGCGAAUUCAUACUGGAGAAAAACCCUACACAUGUAACAAUUGUGGAAAAUCCUUUAGUCAUAGCUCAUCCCUUUCCAAGCAUCAGAGAAUUCAUACUGGAGAGAAACCGUAUAAAUGUGGUGAAUGUGGCAAAGCCUUUCGACAGAAUUCUUGCCUUACCCGACAUCAGAGAAUUCACACUGGAGAAAAACCAUACUUAUGUAAUGAUUGUGGGAUGACUUUUAGUCAUUUUACAUCUGUAAUUUAUCAUCAGAGACUUCAUUCAGGAGAAAAACCCUACAAAUGUAAUCAGUGUGAGAAAGCCUUCCCUACCCAUUCACUCCUUAGUCGUCAUCAGAGAAUUCAUACUGGUGUAAAACCUUAUAAAUGUAAAGAAUGUGGAAAAUCCUUCAGUCAAAGCUCAUCUCUUAAUGAACAUCAUCGAAUUCAUACUGGAGAGAAACCAUAUGAGUGUAACUAUUGUGGAGCUACCUUUAGUCGAAGCUCAAUCCUUGUAGAACACCUAAAAAUUCAUACCGGAAGGAGAGAAUAUGAAUGUAAAGAAUGUGAGAAGACAUUUAAAAGUAAUUCAGGCCUCAUCAGACAUAGGGGAUUUCACUCUGGAGAGUAAUUCUUGGACUAUAUUAUGGUAGGAGGAAAUUUAGUCACAAUUGUCUCAUUAGAAACCUGGGAUGUAAAUUACCAUAACAUUGAUGAGUAGCUGCAACUUUAACGGAUUGGCAGCUGGAAAAAAUACACUUUUUCUCAUUCAUCCCUCUUUGUAGGGCUGGUAAAUUCAUGUAGAAAGUGAAAGUAGCAUGACCUGUGAAAUAAACAGCCAAAUGUGAAUUUUAAAAGCAGAGGAGGGGUGUCCAGGACCUACCUUUUUCACUGCUUUUCUUCAGAAGAUUUCCCUUUUAGCUUCCCUAGUUUCCCCUCUCAGUGUCAUGUAGUGCAAUAGAAUCCUGAGUGGAGUCAGAUAACCUGGAUUCUGUCCCAGUUUGCCGACCAACUUGCUGUAUGAUUUUUGGGAAAAUUAUUUGACCUUUCUGAAUCUUAGUUUCUGAACUGGUAAAAUGAAAGGGUGAGACUAAUAAUUUCUAACUUUUUUUUAUGGACCUCCGAUAUUUUCUGAGGCUGUGGAUAUAAGUUAAAUAUUUUUGAUCAAUUGGAAUUUUCAGGUUUCUCUAGUAGAAAAUUACUCAUUUAGGAUACUGUACUUCUGGCUUAGUGAGAAUGCAGUAUACUUUUUGAAUACUUGAUGCCUUGAAUACUUGAAUAUUUGAUGCUAGAAUGGUAUAAACAGAAACAAGUCAAUGAAGUUCAAGCAAGUUUGCCUUCAGGGAAUGUUUUAGUUGGACAAAGCACCUUAACCUGAUUUUCCUUUGGGCAUUGGCUAAGGGAAUUGGGAAUCUAUAGGGCAUGCACUUGAGCCAUCAUAGACAUGAAAGGCACAGCCCUAGGAAAAUAGAUUAGGAGCUUGCGGGGUGGUGGGAGGAAACGGGUGUUGAAAAUGGAACUAUUCUGGACGAAUUGCCUUUUGCAAAGGAGAGUUCUAUUUAAAAAUUUUUUUUCCUAUACCAAGUAUAGCUUCCUGUAAUUGGAGUGUAAACAUUCUGUAUGGCAAGGGUCACAAGCUAAGUUUAGGCCCUGUAGCAUGUUUUGGUUGAUCCGCAUGGUAAGGUAGGGAUGCGUGUGUGUGUGUGUGUGUGUGUGUGUGUGUGUGUGUGUAAUGGUUGCCACCAUUUAAAAAAUAGGAAAUUUCAUACCAAAAAAAAGGUUUUUCUUGAAAAAUAUAAAGGCUGACGACACUGGGCCCAUAUUUCAGUGGGGCAGUCAGGUUUGGGGUGGCAGCUGCUACCUUUAGGUAGGGAAUCUGCUCCCACUUGCAAAGUUCUGUUAUGUAACCUGACUUGCCCGCUGUAGGAAUUUGAUAUUCAAAACACUUACCUUCCGGAGAAUACAUGUCCUAAAAUCUGAAGAGACUUUAUUGAUAUUAAGUAAAAUUCAGGAAAAAAGGGUAGAAAUAAUACAGAAUAAAUUUUCACUUAAGUGUUAUGUUGUGAGAUUAGACCUCAAAGGAAUAAAGGAUACAGAUUUCAGUGGAUUAUUCCUUAUUUAUUUCAUUGAUAUUAAAUUCAUUGAUAUUUAUUGGUGGAGUCUGAAUAAUAGUUUCUAACUGUGAAAAAACUAAAAACCCUAAGUCGAUUAGGUCUCAGGUCAGUCAUGAGGUUCUGGAGGAGUCCCACUGACUCAGCUGUUUUCCUAAAGUUGAAAUCUGAGGCAGUGUCUAUAAAAAGACCUAAACCAGAAAACUUUUGGCUUAUUGAAAUGAAGUGAUCCUUAAUGCUCAUCUGAGACAGCAAUGUUUGCUGUGGUUCUGUGGGUUUAGGUUUGCACUGCUACCUCUGGGUAGCGUUAUUGUUUUUUUCCUUUCGCCCUCACUCCCCAAAGCUCGUAGUUUAAAUAUUGCUGUAUGAUAAAUUGAUCUGCAUAGUUCAUGCGAAAUAGACCAAACAGACAUUUAGCCAUGAAAGGAAUAUAGCUUAUGAGAAUCAUUCACCCUUAUUGAAAGUUUUGGGUUUUUUCGAAAGGAAAGAAAGCCCAGUUCUUUUCCUGGUAAGAUAUAAUCUAUAGAAAAAAAUUAAAUUUGUAAGAUUCUUGAGAAGAGGCUUGUUCCAGGAUGUUUACUUUAAAAUGAUUUUAAUGUUUUUAGAAAUGUUUUAAUGAGUUUCUAUCGAAGAAAUUUCAAGUCACACAAGAUAAACCUUCUCCUGUCAAUGAAUUUAUUCUUAUUAUUUUAGAAUUCUUUUUUAACAUGGUAGGAUAUACAUAACAACAUAAAAUUGACCAUUUUAACCCCUUUUGGGUAUACAAUUCGGUGCAUAAAGUACAUUUACAUUGUUGUGCAAUUAUCACCACAUUCAUCUCUAGAACUUUUUUUGUUAUCCCAAACUGAAACUUUACUUAUUAACUACCAACUCCAGACUAUCUCUUCUGCCAAACCUCUGGUAACUACUAUUCUACCUUUUUUCUCUCAUGAAUUUGACUCUUCUAGGUACGUCAUAUGUAUGGAUUCAUUCAAUAUUUGUCGUUUUGUGUUUGGCUUGUUUCUCUUAACGUUUUUAAGGUUCAUGUUGUAGCAUGUGUCAGAAUUUCAUUCCUUUUAAAGGCUAAAUAAUAUCCCAUUGUAUGUAUAUACUACAUUUUCUUUAUUCAUUAAUCUGUCAAUGGACAUUUAGAUUUUUUUCUACUAGUUCGGCUCUGUUGUUGAUAACACUACUAUAAACUGUUGUACAGAUAUCCAUUGGAGUCCCUGCUUUCAGUUCUUUUAGGUAAACACCUAGAAAAGGAAUUGGCUGGAUGUCGGCAAGGUUCAUCUUUAUAGCAUAUGAUAGGAUUUCCUUUUUAAAGGCUAAAUAAUAUUCCAUGUAUGUAUAUGCCAUAUUUUUUUUUUAUUCGUUUAUCCACUGAUACACAUUUAGGUUGUUUCUACCUCUUGGCUAUUGUGACUAAUGCUGCACUGAACAAGGGAGUGCAAAUAUCUCUUUAAGAUCUAUUUUCUGUGUUUGGGGGUAUAGACCCAGAAGCAGGAUUGCUGAAUCAUAUGAUAGUUCAAUUUUUAGCUUUUUGAGGCACCUUCAUGCUGUUUUCCAUUAGCAGCUGCACUAUUUUACAUUCCUACCAACAGUACACAAGGGUUCUAGUUUGUUUACAUCCUCACAACACAUUAUUUUUUGUAUUUUCGAUAGUGGCGGUUCUAACAGUUGCGGUUUUGAUUUGCAUUUCCCUGAUGAUUAUAAUGAUGAAAAUCUUUUCAUAUGCUUGUUAACCACUUGUGUAUCUUCUUAAGGGAAUUGUCUAUUCAAGUCCUUUGCCUCUUUUAAUUGAAGAGUUUUUUUUAGUUGUAGCUGUUUUUUUAUAUAUUCUAGAUAUUAACCUGUUGUCAAAUUUAUGAUUUGCUAACCAUCAUCUGAGCCUUCAGUGAGUUAUAAUCAUUUUGCUGCUGGAUGAUCUUGCCUCAGUGUUGACGGCUGCUGACUAAUCAGGGUGGUAGUUGCUGAAGGCUGGGGUGGCUGUGGCAAUUUCUUAAAAUAAGGCAACAAUGAAGUUUGCCACAUCAAUUGACUCUUCCUUUCACGAAUGAUUUUUCUGUAGCAUGCGAUGCUGUUUGACAGCAUUUUACCCACAGUAGAACUUCUUUCAAAAUUGGAGUCAGGCCUCUCAAAAUUUGCUGCUGCUAUGUCAACUAAGUUUAUGUUGACAUAAACUCUUUGCUGUUGUUUCAACAGUCCUACAGCAUCAUCACCAGUAGAUUCCAUCUCAAGAAAGCACUUUCUUUGCUCGUAUGGAGUAGCUCCUCAUCUGUUAAAGUUUUGUUAGGAGAUUGAAACAAUUCAGUCACAUCCUUAGGCUCCACUUAUAAUUCUAGUUUUCUUGUUAUUUCCACCACAUUUGCCGUUGCCUCUUCCAAAGCAGUCUUGAAUGCCUUACAGUCGUCCGUGAGAGUUGGAAUCAACUUCUUCCAAAUUCCUGUUAAUGUUGAUAUUUCGCCCUCUUCCCAUGAAUUAUGAGUGUUCUUAAUGACAUCUAGAAUGGCAAAUCCUUUCUAGAAGGUUUUCAGUUUACUUCACCCAGACCCAUCAGAGGAAUCACUAUCUGUGGCAACUAUAGCCUUAGGAAGUUUCUAAGACUUGAAAAUCAAAAUUACCCUUUGACCCAUGAGCUACAGAUUGGUGGUUGUGUUCACAGGCAUGAAAACAACAUGAAUUUCGUUGUACAUCUCAAUCAGAGCUCUUGGGUGACCAGGUGCAUUGUCAACAAGCAGUACUAUUUUGAAAGGAAUCUUUUUGAACAGUAGGUCUUAAUGGCGAGCUUAAAAUAUUUAGUAAACCUUCUUGUAAACAGUUGUGCUGUCAUGCAGACUCUGUUCCAUUUUUAGAGCACACGCAGAGUAGAUUUAGUAUAAUUCUUAAGGGCUCUAAGAUUUUCGGAAUGAUAAAUGAGCAUUGGCUUAAUGAUGAGCACCCCCGACUCCAUUUUGAGUGAGGUUGUUUUUUUUUUUUUAAUUAAUUUUCACAGAGUCAAUUAUACUGCUUGUUGCCACAGUUCAGUACCUGCAUUGUAUUGAUAGGGACUUUUAUUUUUGUUACUGUUUUGUGUUUUCCUCAGAAUCAUUUCUCAGGUGUGGAACUGCUUCAUUAAAGAGGGAAACAUGUUAAGAUUCUUAAAACACACUGUCAUAUUGUUGUCUAUAAAGUGUAGCACAUUCCUAGGGUCUCUUCUUGUGUGGAGACGUUGAUGGCUAUAAAGGUCUGACCUAAGGAAGCAUUUUCCCAAAGCUGGGGCACUUGUGAGUAUCUGUCCGAAAUGCAUGUUCUGGUGCUCAGGUUGUAACUUGCUAGCAAAAUAGUUUCCACUCUGCUAACAACUGGUGAGACCUCUUUCUCCUGGACUCUCUUUUUUCUUGUGGGUUCUAAGGCUGAGAGAGUUACAGGUUGGAGUUCUCUAGUGUCCCUAUAGAAUGGUUCUGACAACCUACAAGCUUUGCUAAAUCUGUAAUUCUUCUUGGUGGUUUCCCCCUUGAUAGUCAUGAUGUUUAUAGUCUCUCUGUAAAAUAGAACUAAGGAGAGCAUUCCUCUCUAAAGCAGCAGUUAAUAGAUACAUAUUCCCCAGUUUUUUCUGUUUUGAAGAAUCUUUUUCCUCCCUUGAUCUGCCAACAUGAUCAGAGCCACCUUUUGGCUCUGAGCAUCUUUAACGCAGUUGUUUUAAAGUCUUUGUCUAGCAAAUCUGACCUCUGGACUUCUUCAGGUACAUUUUCUGUUGAUAUUUAUCCCUUUAAAUGGGCCAUGUUUUCCUGUUCCUUUGUAUGUCUUAUGAUUUUUUAUUGUUGAAAACUGAACCUUUGAAUCUUACAGUGUGGUAGCUCUGGAGAUUAUAUUCCUUUUUUCCAGAAAUUUUUUAAAAAGUUGUUUUAGGGUGUCUCUGUGCUGAGGUCUAGUCUGUGGUGAAUGCUUAAAGUUUUCUCAGGUCUUUUCUGAGCUUGUCUUUCCCUGGGCAGAAGUAGUGGCUUUCUAAUGACGCCCUUAGAUGCAUUUUUUUCAAAGUCCUAAAAAAAAAAAGAAAAAAAAAAACCCUAACAGGUGUUCUUGUUUUUUAAAUCCCCCUGGAAGCUACUUUAGCUAGUGGAGGUUGGAAAAAUGGCAACUUGCCUCUGUGUCUCUUCUUCCUCCACGAUCAGAAGAAGCCAUCCAAAGUCAGAACCCAGGACUCUGAAAUUUAGAGGAAAAAGUCUAAAUUGCCCGCUCUGGCUCCAGCAAGCUGAACUAGAAGUGUGGGUUUCCUCUCCACAGCCACCUGCCACAGGAUUGGCUGGUGAAAGAUGGGUAGCUGCUACUGUGCUGAAAGCUAAAAACCAUGAUUAUUAAUUGAAGCUUACUAGUCAGGUUUUCCUCUGGAAGCUACUGUAUUUCAAAAUAGGCACUUUAAAUAUUUCUGCUAGUACAAUUGUCUAAGUAGAGAAAUGAUUCCUGGCACCACCAACUCUGCCGUCUUCCCUGACAUCACUUCUCCCUUGUCUUUGAUUUCUGUCCUCCUUUCUGGCAGAUUUCUUUAACUUUAUCUUUCAACUCUACUACUAAAUGUCUUGAAUGUUUUAUUUCUGUUGUCAUAUUUCCAAGUGCAUUUUCUUAUUCUGUGUUCUUUUUUUAACAAUAUUCUGUUUCUGUUUCAUGGUUGACCGUUUUUCCCUCUGAGGAUGCUGCUAUAGUGUCUUUUAGUGUUGUUCUGCUCCCUGCAUUAUCUGUCUGCUGAAAUUUUUUUUUUUUUUUACCUGUUUUCUACCUUUCGCAUUGGAUGUUUUCUUCAAACUUCUGGUAAUCUUAGACUACUCUCAUUUAAGAAGAGGGCUCUAAAACACUGAUCAGGUGUUCCAGUUACUGCAGCACUGUCCAAUAGGAAUCUGAUGUGAGCCAUGUGUGUGACUUCAGAUUUUCUCAUAGCUACUUUCAGAAAGUAAAAACAGCAGAAGAAUGUUAUUUUAUUUCACCCAAUAUAUCCAUAUUUCAACAUGUAAUGUGUAAAAAAUUACUAGUGAGAUAAUUUUUAUUAUUUUUUACACUGUUUCCAAAACCCAGUGUGUAUUUUAUAGUUGUAGCACAUCUUCAUUCACGCACCAAAUUUUCAUUUAAAAUACUUAAUCCAUAUAUAGAUUUAGAGUUGAAAAGUAGAUUGAUAUAAUUUUUCUAAACAUACUUAGAGUUUUCCAGUGAUUGGAUCAAAUAUCAAAAAAUGAUUUUCGUUUGAUAUUUAUAUCCACAUUGACAAACCUGCUCAUCUGUUUAUUAGAACUGAUUUGAUUUUGGAGCAGCAGCAUUAUCAGUUUCGAAACUAUGUUUAAGUAAAUUCACUGACUGUCAACUCAGUAUAAUUAACAUCAAAUUUAGCAAGGCUGCCUAAAUGUAAACAAAACUAAGUUUAUCAAUAUCAACAAACCAUUCUUCACAUUUGUCUUUUUUUGCUGCCAAUUUAUACAGUGAUUUUACAUUUAAAAUUUGCAUAUUGAUCAAUGUUACAGAAAUGUGUAAACUCAUUUUUUACUUUUAUGAAAUAUUUUAAUUUUAACUGCAUUUUUGCAGUAAGUAGGUCACACUGUUUUCCCAUUCUGAGGACCUUCAAAUUUUAGCUCGUUCAUGUACAGUGUGAUAUUAGGGAGAAACAUGAAUCGCACUGCCCCUUUUUGUCUUAGACUAUUGAAUGUUCGGCAGUCAUUCUUUUUGUUUCAAGAAAAUGUUAAGUUGGAAUUACUAAUACAGGAAAUUUCUGUAAAAUUCUUUGAUAACUCAACCAAGGAACAUCUUCAACAAUUCCACAAUAAACUUCAACAAUAAACUGGAAAUGAUUAUUUUAUAGCAUUUACAUGUAUAUACUGAAGAAUUUUAACAUCUGUAUCCAUGACUCUUUUUUGGAGUCUACUUCAGAAAUGGAGCACAAAUCUUUUUAAUAUUAAAGUAGAACAGAGCAAUGAGGGAAACAUCAUUCUCUUGCUUUAAAAUCCCAAUAUAUCUGUCUUUUGACUUAAGAUAGCUGGAAUCCCAUUCUUAUGAUGGAAAUGAAUUUUUCUAUUGCUAAAAUUCUUUGACAGAUGGAAAAUUGUCAGAAAUAUGUCAUGAGUUUGAGUUUUUAGACAAUGAAUUGACAUUUCUUUGUAAAUUUAGAUAUUCUGUGAGACAGAAUACCUAAAGUUUUCAUUGGAUAGUGUCUUAUGUUACAUGACUCAUCUAAUGCUAAAGAUGAAUUCUUUGAAUCAAUUUAUCUUUGAUAUUAUUAGAAACUUCUUGUAUUCUGUAAGCAAAAUUAGGUUAAUUGAAAUUUUCAGUUUUUUAAAAAUGUCUUUUAAAGUUUUUUUGUCAUAAAUUUCUAACUGAAUCACCCUAACUAAAAUUUUUUUAUUAUCUCUCCAUCUAAGAUUCUUCUUUUUGUCUGUGUGCAAGAAUUCAAACUGGUUUAUAGCUGGCCAAGUUUACAAGCUCAAAUACUGUUAAAAAUUGUUUAAAUUCUUUUGUUGGAAAUUUAGUUUUCAUAAGACUAAUUUCAUGGGUUCUUUUUCGACUAUUAGAAUAUUUACCAGACUCACUAUCUCGUUGCUGAAAAAUGACUAAAUGUUAGAUAUUGUUUUAAAUAUUGUCUAGUGUAGUAUCUUUAACACUUUGGCAUACAGCAGAUAGCUUUUUCAUGUUGCUGUGCCUGCAGUAAAUUGCAAUUGCCAUUCAUCAGUGAACGUGCACUAUAUACCCUCUUUACUGUUUUUUCAUUACUAGUUGUGGUACCAGCUUCUGUAUUGCACUGAAUUUUGCCUCAGUAAUAUGCCUUCAUU